GGUAAGUUCAUGCCGAUUUUGCUGUGACAUACAUGCCAGACGCCAGUUAUCCACAUACGUUUUCUCUUCUUACAAGUUACAAUCUUCUCUCUCCUCCCUUCAUCUUGUCAAUUUCAUUGUUCUUGCAUUAGCGAUCUCUUUGCUACUAUAUUACCCCGUAUUUCCUCUCUUUCUGCAAUCUACGUCUACCCGUAAAUGAUGAAGUUCAGAAGGGAAAAUAUUGCAGGUUACAAGCUUUCAAGACAGAGCUGACCAAUAUAGUUGUAGUAUACUCCUAACACGAAACUCACUUAAUAGCAGCCAAUUUUAGAUGAUAACUGCUGGUUGCAGCUUGUGAAGGCUGUAUUUAAGAAUGUUGAUAAUUUUUUUGUUGAUGACUUGCAAUGAAAACUGGAAGUUCUACACUUCUUUGUCUUUUAUGAUGAACGUAUGCUCUGACGGAUGUUAUCAGCCAAGUAAAAAACACUGUGUUGAAAACAGUUUAGAAACCUCUACCAGGAGGUUAGAAGUCCAUUGAGAAAAAUUUAUCUGCAGUGCUGUAAAUUUCACAAUGGAAAAAUACAAGAUACUGAAAGAACUUGGGGAUGGAACAUGCGGAAGUGUAUAUAAAGCCAUUAAAACGACAACAAAUGAGAUUGUUGCAGUGAAGAAAAUGAAGAGAAAAUUUUACAACUGGGAUGAGUGCAUAAAUCUGCAAGAAGUGAAGUCCCUUUGUAAACUGAGUCAUCCUAAUAUCAUCAAGUUGAUAGAGAUUGUCAGGGAGAAUAAUGAGCUAUUCUUCGUGUUUGAGUACAUGGAAAACAAUUUGUACCAAACAAUGAGAGAACGAAAACGAUAUUUUUUAGAGGAGGACAUCAGGGGGCUGUUGUCUCAGUUGGUGCAGGGACUUGCUCAUAUACACAGAAACGGAUACUUUCAUAGGGAUUUGAAGCCCGAGAAUUUACUUGUAAUGAAUGACACAAUGAAAAUUGCUGACUUUGGACUCGCAAGAGAAGUUUCUUCGAUGCCUCCUUUCACAGAUUAUGUUUCCACACGCUGGUACCGUGCCCCAGAAGUCUUGUUACAAUCCUGCUCAUAUACACCUGCCAUAGAUAUGUGGGCUGUUGGCGCAAUACUUGCUGAGCUUUUCACUUUGUGCCCUCUUUUUCCUGGUGAAAGUGAAAUUGAUCAGUUACACAAGAUAUGCUGUGUUCUUGGAACUCCAGAUUGGAAUGCCUUUCCUGAAGCGAGAAACAUCUUUCGUCUGGUUGACAUUAGUUACCUACGUAUUCUGCCGGUAAAUCUAUCUGAUGUCAUUCCCAAUGCAAGCAUGGAAGCUAUUGAUUUGAUCCAGCAACUAUGUUCAUGGGAUCCAUUAAGGAGGCCAACCGCUGACCAGUGCUUGCAGCAUCCCUUUUUUCAUGCUCGGAUAUGGAUUCCACGCUCAUUGGGUGGUCCAGUGCAGAUGAUGUCAAGUAAUGACGGAUCAGAACCAAAUCUUGAGUUGAACCUUUGGGAUUUUGGUAUGGAAAGAGAUGACUGUUUUCUUGGGUUGACAUUGGCAGUCAACCCAACUUCUUCUAGAAAGGAAAGAGAAACUAAAGAUCAAGCUGCAGUAAAGGACAUGCUGUUAUGCUCAGGUUUCCAGGAUUGUUCACAGCAAUCAGUAGUCUGGUCACUGCUUCCUUCUGAUCAGCAUGGAAUCUUAGCUCCAAUGGAACCUUCCUUGUCAUUAUCAUUCAGUUCAGUUCAACGGGGAAAGAUUGGUGUUCCAUACACUGCAAGAUUGGCAUCUAUGUAGACUAGCAUUUCGACCGUUCCUAACUGGCCAUGUCGUCACCCCCCUAUAGGACACACAUUCUCUUUAAGAGCAACACCAUCAUACACGUUGGAGGAUAAGAUUCUCUUAGGUUGAAUAGUUAUGGCUAAAAUACCUGAACAAUUUUUUCAUCUAAAAGGAGAUUUUCGUUCAUGUAUUUUAGUUAUAACUAUUCGAGCCCUUCUGGUAAAAGUUAUUUGGUUGAAAUAGGCUGAAUCUUUGUGUUAUUGGGCAUUUCUAGGUCUAACACCAGUCCACUUCCACUGAUCUCAAUUUUGUACAAAAGACUGUUUUGAUAUGUAUUUGGUCCAUGGCUACGUAUAACCAUUCUUUAUUGUCUCAUACUUCGUAUUAUUUGUAGCCUUGUAGGCAACUCCAUGUCUCCAUGGUACAUUAUCUAUGUAAAUCCCAACUAGUAUUGCACCUGUGCGAUGCACGGUGCGUGAAUUGUGGUUGGGAUGUAAAUAUCGUUAUGGAUAAAAUAUAAUUGGAUACAAGUUAAUUAUGAACAUUAGAUAUAAGAAAUAAAU